AUGGAAUGUUGUUGAUCUGGAGCGUAACAGGGACCUCCUUGUCUUCUUUUCUUCAAACUGUACUUUCUGAAGCACACUUGUUAGUACAAGUUUAAUGUGUCAGUCCUCAAGGUGCUGUUUCCUGUAAUGUGACUGUCACGAGUAAAUGUUAAGGCUUUCUCUACCACCCUUUUAUGACGUUUUUUAACAUUAACACCUGCAGAAGUACUGAGAAAAGCCAAGGCCACAAACUCUGCUCAGAUCUAUCUUUGUUUCUUCUGACAGUUGCUAAGGUAAUUUAAGCAAGUCAAGCAAAAAGUAAAGCUUGAUGAUGGCAUUGAAUCAUUGCAAUGUGGAUAAAUAGUAGUUAAUCAGACAUCCAGGAUUGAACUUCAUAGACUGGCAGGAUUGUAUUACCUGUUUUGACAAGAUGCACUUUGAAGGAUCCAGCAAUGUCACGCUGUUGUUUGACUUCUGGGAUGUGCGUGGGCCUGCAGGGAUGGUGUUGUCGGUCUUUGUCGUUCUACUGCUCACCGUGAUCUACGAGCUUCUGAAAGUGUGGAAGGUCACUAUUGAAAAACAGAAGCGAUCCUCCAUUACGCAUUCAUCCGCUCCGGUGUCUUUCUCACCUGAAGCGUCCUGUUUCGCCCCUGUCAUGAAGUGUCAAGAGGGAAGCUCUUCUCUGACCAACAGCCCCUCUGAGAUCUCAUUAGCUCCCACUGAGAAUACGGCCACCACUGCAGACACCACCGCCGCUGCUAAGAAGAGCUGGCUUCUGCACUGCCUCCAGACCUCCAUACACAUCCUGCAGGUGACGCUGGGCUACAUGCUCAUGCUCUGCGUCAUGUCCUACAACGUGUGGAUCUUCCUGGGGGUCAUCAUGGGAUCUGUCUUGGGAUACUUUCUGGCUUUUCCUCUACUGAAUCACAUUUGAGAAGACAUGAGAGAACAAAAACAUGUGGCGGGAUCUCGAAAUGUUCAUCUGAGUUGACUGCAGACUCUAGAUCAAGAGCAAAAUGCAAGGUUUGUGUGGCCACGAUCAAUAAGACGUGCAAGAGAUGUUGCGAUAUGUAGACUGAACAGGGAUGAUUCCAUUUAGAAAAUUUAAGGUUGUACUUUAAAGAUCUUGCAUGAAAUCUUAAUUAACUAAAAUGUGGCAAUGACCAAUUGUAAAAUUGGUUAAAAACCAACUUUCAAAAGUGUUUAAAUUUUAAACCGCAUUGGAAACACAAUAUCUUUCAAGUGUUAAACCAUGUGAUUUUACCUUUGUGGUUGUAUGAUGUGACCUCUUGUUCAAACAGUCAGCACUGUACUAAAUUGAGAUGUGCCUCAUUGACCGGUUUUAUACUUUCUACAACUACUGAUGUAAUUAAUAAGCUAAUUUUCUGUUACACAGAUGAAUGUUUAAAUUCUCUUCUCUGAGAUUUGCUUUACUGUACCUGGUGGUUUUCUGUUAUUUUGGGAAAUCACACUAGUUUUAAACCUCAUAUUAAACUUCCUACAUGAGUCAAGAUCAGGCGUUUUUGUGUCAUGCUGGAAAUUACUGCUGAAUAGCAGAACAAACAAUGGUUUGAACCAUUGGUCAAAAAGAGAAAUGCAAAUCAUGUGGCCUUAGUUAAUGUUCGCCAGCAAUACAGACGCAUGGAAAGUGACUGACUGACUGAGAGCAGAAAUGAGAAACUACGAUCCUCACCGCAAUUAUUCAAAUGCACUAUUAGUAAUGUUCCUCCAGGCAAUCUUUUAAAACUGUUUUACUCCAUUGCUUCAUGGUUUUAAAAUGAAUUUUUUUUUAUUGCCGAAUAUAUUAAAGGUUUUGAUUACAAGUCUACACCCUUGUCUACGGCCUU